AGACGACCAAUGAAUGCAUUUAUGAUAUUUAGUAAACGUCAUAGAGCUCUGGUACAUCAACGUCACCCUAACCAAGAUAAUAGAACAGUCAGUAAGAUACUAGGUGAAUGGUGGUAUGCUCUUGGUCCUAAAGAAAAACAGAAAUAUCAUGAACUUGCUUCACAGGUAAAAAUCACUUUUAUGUUAAUCAAU